CAAACAGCAUGUUGUUGAGCUAUCAUUGCAAUUUGUGGACACAUUGUUUCUCGUGGAAAAUGAAGGUUUAGCGUAUGCUACUCCAGGCUAUCACAGUUAGUUUCUUGUGAAGUCUACUCAGUCCGUGCAUAAAGGCAGACCGGGUUUGUUUACCUGCGGCACGGUCUCCUCUACAUGCAUCUGUCGUCGGAGAUAAGUUUCGUUUUCGUAGUAAACCGAAACACGCCAGAUGGAGAACUAGCGUUACUAAGGAAGUCAAUUGAUCAGACAGCAAUAAAACCAUCAGUUGAAGCGCACAGUGCAUUCGAAACAGCGACGUCAAAAAUAUGUGGGUCAUAUUUUCUCUCCAAAGAUCAUUCUGAAAGCUGAGAUUUCACUGGAGCAGAUCUUGCACAAAACUGAGGUCCAGUGAUAUUGUACAAUGGCGGUCUCUAAAGCUGCCAGGCGCUCAGACUUAAGCCCACUACUGAGGACACAUGAGCUGCAUGCUGCCUGCCGGUCUUGCUGCAAGAAGAAAGCAGAGAUCACAUUCUGUCUAGUGGAGCGUAGCCACCAAUGCCAAAGAAACAUUUUACUGGCAAAGCAGAUAGGAACAGACCAGUGGAGGCCAGUUAACCCUGUUCCUCCAUUUCCCAUACCAAUUAAAUAUGUGGUGUGUUGGAAUUUUAAGGAAGGAUCUGGAUGCAGGUCCCAUGGAACAAGAUGUUCGUUUGCAAGAAGCUCAGAGGAAGCCACCGUGUGGAACUUCUUGAAAAACUCCAGUCUGGGCUACAGUGAACUUAUCAACAUGUUAAAAUCUGGCACCAAGUCUCAAUCCCAAUCAGUAGAUCAAUGUGGAGGCACAGACAGUAUUCUUAGUCAGUUUCCGGGAAAGUUCUUUGAAUUGUGUGAGAUCUGCUUCCAUAGCAGUCCACAGCGGAUAUCCAGAAAAAGUGUUGUUGGACAUCCAUCACCAUGUUGCACCUCCAAGCAUCGCUGGAAACCUCUACUGGUUCACUGUAAGGAGACUCAGCAAAAUAUGGUGGAAUACCAUGAGAUAAGGCCGUUGCCCAAUAAAGCUUACUCUCAGUGGCGAUACUGUAGGUAUGUAGAGAGUGGACAGCCGUGCUGGCACGGCGCUCGGCGCUGCUGGUUUGCUCACAGUAAGGUGGAAAUGGCGGUGUGGACAGAGGAAAGCCAGAGGCCGUUUGAUCGCUCCAGAUUGCUGGGUAAUGAUGUGCCGAAGUCACAUGGAGCAAGGGCUAAUUCAGCAUCACCAGUGAAACAGCAGAAGCAAUCGCAGAGCAUGGAGGAGCACUACUGCAAGGUCUGCCAGUGCAAGUUCCGCUCACGGGAAGAAUAUAUGAACCACUGCUUCACCAGAGAACAUCGGCAACUUAUCUUUGAAGAUGGAUGCAGAAAGGGACAAUACAGAGACCCACCACAAACGUGUCAUUCCUUCAAAUUGUGUCAAAGGCCGUACAGCUGUGAGCAUGGCGACAGGUGCAUGGAGGCCCACUCUGUGGAGGAGCUGGAGGAGUGGCGCUCCAGGGCACGCGCUGCCAGGAAGAAGGCCAAUGCCGCUGAGGAGCAGGGCCUGCUGUCUUACCAGGACCGCUUACUGGAGGAGUUCAGGACCAGCACCAGUCCUGGCCACAUUAUAUCUGAAACUGUACGAGGAGUUACAACCAACUGUGAGUCAGACCUUUCCAUAUAUGUCCACAAGGAGAAGGUUCCAGUGAUGUGGAAAUUUAAAGUUGUCUCUAAGAAUGCUCUGGCUGAGAUCGCAUUGCUCAAACAGGAGCCAGGGGCUUCAUUCACCUUAGGUGAAAACAUCAAUGAACAUCGGACAUACUCCACAGGUGACUGGUACAUCUGUACAACUGAUGUACGGUCAAAGUAUUCCUAUGAAGUGACGGUGUCUUUCGUGUCUACCUGCCCUGGCGUGUAUGAACAGUGGCUAGUGUUUGACUUUGACACUCGGCCAGUUCUUCUACACAAGCUCUUGGUCAGAGUGGGUAUGCCACCCUCUUCCCAUAUAGAGAUUAGUGAGGAAUACCCAGUGCCCACACACUCUGUAGCUCCCAAUCUGAGGCUUUGGAACAGAGGGAUCAGGGUCAUUGUCCCAUACUUUAGCCGUGCUGAGGCAGAGAUACAGCUCCUGAAAGAGUUUAAGCCACCCGCCAUGAAUCCUCAGUAUUGCCAGCUGAUGGAGGACUGUGUUCCCAUUAACCAUCACAACUACAAGGAGAGAAUGCACAGCUUCUUAUACCAAGAGGAACAAGCUGAGGAGGAGAUAGUUUGCAGGCUCAAUCUUCAUGGGACCAUUACAUUGUCCAAUACGUUGAACGACGUACGCUUUGGGCUAAAAAUAGCUUGCGAUGGAGAGCUCUUUGGCACCCUUCCAGUGUGCCAUGCACUUACCCCCGACACCCCAGAGGGGUUCAUGCUGAAACGAGGGGUGGAGUCCGUCCUCGUGGGCGAGGUCACUGCAAAUGAUCAAGGCCAACAAGUCUACGAGGCGGUCAUCCUUAGAGACACAGCCAGUGUGAAAGAGAUACACCUGAGGCUGUCAAGAGAGUGCUGUUCAGACUUGGGCCUUCAAAAGAAUCAGACACGUGAGAUGGAGGUUCAGUUCCAGCUGAACCGUCUCUGGUUCUGUGAGAUGCACAAGGCCAUUGAUCUCCUUCCAGACCUUCAAUAUGUGCUGCCAGACUUUAGUAAGACAUGCGUUCCUGUACAUUCAACCAAAUACCCCUCAAUACCGCUCAAUGAAAAGCAACAUGCAGCCAUGAGCUUCAUUCUUGGAGACCCUGAUGACAGAAACAGUGUGGCCCCACUGCUGAUAUACGGGCCCUUUGGAACUGGAAAAACAUAUACUCUUGCAGAAGCUACAGUGGAACUAAUGAAAGAGGAGCAUAACAGAGUCUUAAUCUGCACACACACAAACAGUUCUGCUGAUCUAUAUGUGAAGGACCAUUUCCAUAAACACAUUGAAGCCGGAAAUCUAAAAACAAAACCUCUGCGGAUAAAAGCAAAAGAAGUAUCUCCAAUAAGCACUCAUCACAUCACAAGGGGCUACUGCCUUCUAACCGAAGAUGGCCAUUUCAAAUUCCCCGACAAAGAAACAGUGGACUUGACAAGAAUUGUCAUAACAACCACUGGAGUGGCUCGGCUUCUCCAUGACCUGAAGCUCCCCAAAGACUACUUCAGCCACAUCAUGAUUGACGAAGCCUCUCAGAUGUUGGAGUGUGAAGCCCUGAUGGCUCUUGGCCUGGCAGGCCCUAAGACUCGAAUAGUUCUGGCUGGAGAUCACAUGCAGAUGGGGCCAAAGCUCUUCUCUGUGGAGGAUGACAAGCGCUCAGACCACACGCUGCUCAAUCGCCUCUUCUACUACUACCAGUCCGAAAAGAAAAACGUUGCCUUGGAGAGCAGAAUAAUUUUUAAUGAAAACUACCGUUCUACCAAGGGGAUUGUGGACUUUGUGUCUACUUACUUCUACUUUGACAAAUGUCAAAAGAAACAACAAACAACAAACGGAAUCAAGGCCAGUGGAAAUGUUGCUGCUCACCCUACACAGCACCCACUGAUGUUCAGUCAUGUCCGUGGGGAAUGCCAUCUAGACACAACAACCAUGUCGUGGUACAACCCUGAGCAGAUAAUAGAUGUUGUUCAGAUUGUUCAAGAUCUUCUGUACAACUGGCCGGAAGAGUGGAAACAAUCAGGUAUUCCACCUGAUCCAUCAACUAUCUGUAUUCUCUCACAAGGAACCCAGGUUUUCCACCUCAGGACAAGUUUAAAACAAGUACAUUUGCGCAGCGUCACAGUGGAGAAUGCUGAAAAUGUUCAAGGCAAACAAUUCAGAGUGAUCAUAAUAGUCACAGUGCACACGAGAGACACAUUAAAGCCAUCGGCUUCCAGCUGCCUGGAGUUCUUCAAUGAUGCUCGUGUUCUUAACACAGCCAUGACCAGAGCACAGUCUCAGGUGAUAGUAGUGGGAGACGCUGCUGCUCUCUGCUACUUUGGGAGAUGUGCCAAAACAUGGAGAUGUUACAUAGAGCACUGCAUUGAAAAUGGCAGUGCUAAGCCUGAGCAUCUGAACAAGGACUUUCUAAACCAAGAGGUAACAGAGAUCUCCAGAUUUCAGAUUCCAUCACAGGAAGAGGAUACCAGCGAUACUGAUUCAACAACAUCAGAAAUGCCUGACAUUGACCCAAUUCUGCAAGAGCUGCUUGAUGAGAGCAAUGAUUGGAAAGUUAACGUGACAGAGGAAGGCUUGUUAGAUAUUUUCAAAAAUGACCACCCUGACAAGACACCUGAUGACAAUGAAGAGAAAGACCAUGGGGACCAAAGUGAUGAAGAAAAUGAGUUUCCAAGCAUUCCAAAUACAAAUGGUAUACACAAACGCUGCAUAAUUGUGAUGGAAAUAUAUCACUCAGCGUAUGCUAUACCACUCGAUGAACCAACUUCAAGGAUUAACAUCAAGGGGAGGAAAAAUUUUCACUGCUGUUUUCCUGGUGAUGAGGUACUUGUUGAAGUGUUGAGUGAAGAAAGUACACCACCCACUGGAAGAGUGCACAGAAGAGUUGGGACAGCCUCUCUACUCAACAAAAAGUUUGUGUGCACCAUUGAUAAAUAUGACAACCAAGUGAUGAUCCCGAUAAAUAAGUGCAUAUCCAAAAUUUACACUCCAUUUUUUAAGUAUAAACCUCAUCAUAUUGCUGUGCGAAAAGGACCAAAAGACCUUAGACCUCAGGAAUUUGUAAAGAUUAAUGAGGAAACUAAGAGGAAUCUUUUUGUUGUCCAAUUAUUGAGGUGGGGAGAGAAUUUUCACUAUCCCCUAGGCAUUGUUGUGAAAGUCCUUCCAAAAGUGACAUCUUUGGAAGAUGGUCUGCAGGUAUUAAACACAGAAUAUCAACUCUCGAACAGUCCUUCACUCUGUGACCAAGAAAUGAUCAGGCUUCAGGAAUGCUCACAAGAUUUCCGCGGACGGAAAGAUUUCCGUAGCAUCAUAACAUUCACAAUAGAUCCUUCACACUCUCGAGACCACGAUGAUGCGAUCAGUGUAAGAGAUCUUGGCCCAGAUUAUGAAAUAGGGAUUCACAUAGCUGAUGUUGCACACUUUGUGCCCAAGGGAAGUGGACUGGAUGAAUAUGCUAAAAAGCAAGGGCUUGUUUUCUACCCACCUGAAACUACCGGUACACCUGUGUACAUAUUCCCGAGAGAGCUCAGUGAAGAUGUGUUCAGUCUUCUUCCUGGUUGUGUUCGACACACCAUUUCACUGAUGGUGGUCAUCGAUAAGAAAACGCACCACAUAAAAUCAGCAGAUUUUCACCUCUCCGUCAUUUGCUCCAACAGAAAAUUGUCCUAUGAUGAAGCAGAGGAGAUCCUUAAAACAUCUAGGACCAAGGAUUCAAGCGGUGAGCCAUGCUUUAACACAGUGGAAGGCUGCCUACUGAUAGCAUCCCACUUUUCAGAAGUUCACAGGAAGGACAGGAAGCAGGACGACUGGUGCUACAAGACACCGGAUGAAGACACAAUCAUUGGCAGCCGUCAAUCUCACAGGGUGGUGGAGGAGCUGAUGAUCCUGUUUAAUCACAGUGUUGCUCAGCUGCUACUCAACAUUGAGAAGACAAAGAGCUGUGUGCCACUGAGGUGUCAAGAAAGACCAGACAUGACUGGCCUUGGGCAGCUACGGGAGCGCUGCAGUCCAUGGCUCCCUCUGUCCAUUCAUUUGUCUCACCUUAUGGAGGAUGAAGGAGGUCUCAUGAGUCUUCCAGAGGCUAGCAGAAGUGUGUACAGCCCUGGAAGUGGUGCACGUCAGCAAUGUGAUGCAGACAGCUCAUCGUUUCUUAGGUAUACCAGUUUGGAACCUGACACCUUUUCAGUACUGACAUCGCUUCUUGAGAAUCUUCAAACGGCAGGCAAAGAAGGAGACAUCCAAAGAAUAGUUGAUCUCAUCACUACUGAUGACGUACAUCCACAAUUGCUGCCCAUCGUCCGUGCAUUCCGGAAGCUCAUUCGCAGAGCCCAUGUUAUUCGCUCCAACUCAACUCUCACCUCUAGAGUCGGGCACUUUGAUCUUGAUCUGGACUGCUAUAGCUGGGCCUCUUCACCAAUUCGCCGUUAUUUGGAUAUCAUCACCCAGAGGAUUCUCCACUCUGUUCUCGAAGGCAAAGAAAUCACAUAUUCACCCAUUGAAAUUGAUCAGGCCUGUGUCAGCUUUUCGCUACAGUUUGACAAGGGGACCAAGUAUGAGAGGACGUCCAACAGCCUAAACUUUGCUUCUGAGUUAAUUGAACAAAGUGCAAGGAAGAUUGCUUACAUCACCGAUAUCCCGCCAAAUGGCAACAGUUUUCGGCUGUCAUUUCCACUGCAACGAAAGUCAAUGUGUGAUGAUGUGGAUAUCAUGUACAGGGACCUUCACUUAGCAGAUCAGCCAUGGUAUGAUGGAGAGCAAAACUGUCGUGUGAUUAAAUGGUCUCGAAGGGUGUACUCAAUGUUGCGGGAUGACAUCCACUCUGAGCUGGAAAGACAAGUUUCAAAUUCUUUAAUCACACACGUGUCGAGAGAGGCAUGGAUAUGUUUGUUGUCCACCAUUAGGGAAGAAAAGUGGGAGGACAUGCUUCAACAUCUCCAGGACGUCACCUCAGAAGUAAGGCAGGGGGGCACUUUCAGUUCCACAGAGUCAUGUGAGGACACAGUAGAUUGCAUGAAAGGUCAUUUUGUUGAGUUGUCACUGAAACUCAAGCAAGGUGACACCAUUGAGGUACAACUGGGAACAGACACAGUAAGGGGACUGCUGGUUCCAGCUGUCCAGCUCCUGAUUGUGAACCCAAACUUUGAGAUUUGCUUGGAACACACCAAGAACCCAAUCGAAUGUUUCUCCAGAUAUGCUCUUCGUGCCUCCAAGGACGUAUAUUCCACAUACAAUGAAUACCAAAAAAUAUGGAUGCCCCUGUGUGAAAUGGAGUCUGCUUGCAACGCCGUAGCGGAAAAAGAAAGCAUUGUCUUGGAAGAUGUUGAGCUUACAUGGACACAAGUUCAAAAAGAUCAUAAUCUGCAAGGAUUUUUCCAGCUUCCGCUUGAGAAGAAGAAACAGUGGUCUAUUGAAUGCGACUUCAGGAAGUGUUUCUUGUGUAUCCGUAUGAGACGACCUGACAAUGAUUUCCAACCGGAGAAACAACAUGGUGAUAAGAGACUAACAGAGGCUAAAUACCUAGACCUCACAAGUAUGACCAAUGUCAUCUGGAUUGCUCAUGGUGUAACCACUAAAACGAAAGAGGAAGAGAAAACGAAAGAGGAAGAUGAGGACGAAGAUGAGAAAAGCAUCAAGAUACACUUCCGCAUCAAUCACUUACCCAUGGCCAAUAGACCACAGAGAAUCUUUUUGGAGGGUACAAGAUUCACUGUAGAGUUGAUUCCUAAACUCCUCCCAGAUGUGAGAAAAGAGGAGGCCAUUAAGCGCCUAACAAAGGCAAAUCAACUAGUGAAGGACAUUGCCCUUGGAAAACAAAUCCAUUUAGAGGGCAUUAAAAUCAUUGUGAGCAAAAGUGGGACAUUUGACAUGGAGAAUCAUCGUUCCUUUGAUUUCCCACCUUUGAACACAAGCCAGAAUGAAGCCAUAAGAGAGACUCUUCGGAACCACUUCACCCUUAUACAAGGACCCCCAGGAACUGGGAAAACUGUUGUCGGAGUCCACAUUGUUUAUUGGUUCUUGAAGCAGAGUCAAAUGCAAAGACCAAGACGCAAUAAAGAGGAGAGUGAGAAGAAGAGAUGUAUUCUGUAUUGUGGUCCGUCUAAUAAGUCUGUCGAUGUAGUUGCAGGUCAACUUCUGAAACUGAGUGCUGUUCUGCGGCCACUGAGGGUUUACAGUGAGCAGAUGGAGGUCAUGGAUUACCCUUACCCAGGCAGUAGCCUGAAGCUCUCCCGCCAUUCGCUUAGGGGAGGGAAACCCAACGAAGAUCUCAGAUCCAUAACCUUGCAUCAUCGGAUGCGGAAGGCAGAUAAUCCACACUCAUCAGAGAUACGGGCCUUUGAUGCACGGAUUAAAAGAGGAGAAAACCUUACUGAGGAUGAAAUCAGAAGCUACAAACGUGUCCUAAAGAUGGCCAGGAAGCAUGAACUGUUGAAGCAUGAUGUCAUUCUCUGCACAUGCACCGCUGCGUCCAACCCAAACUUUGGCAUUGUCAAACUGCAGCAGAUCAUCAUAGACGAGUGCGCCAUGGCAACAGAGCCGGAGGCUCUCAUCCCCUUAGUCACCCAUCAGCCUGAACAGAUUGUCCUUAUUGGCGACCACAAGCAGUUGAAGCCUGUCGUCACUUCUGAUGUGGUGGAAAGAUUGGGUAUGAGCAAGUCUCUUUUUGAGCGGUAUAUGAAGAAAGCCAUGAUGCUUGACAUCCAGUACAGAAUGCAUGAAGACAUCUGUGAGUUUCCUUCACAGCAGUUCUAUGGUGGGAACUUAAAAACGGGAGAACGCCCUAAUGCAAAGCCGAGUGUACUGCUGACAGCAUCACAGCAUCCAACCCCUAUCUUGUUUGGGCAUGUUGAAGGCAAGGAAGUCAGUCUGAUGGUGGCAACAGAAAAGGGGAAUGAGAAUUCAAAGGCUAACCUUGAAGAAGCUGAACAAACGGUCCAGCUUGCAACUCUGCUGAUAAAUCAGUCAGGAAUAGAUGAAGAACACAUUGCCAUUCUCACACCCUACAACGCACAGGUGGCUAAGAUCAAAGAGACUCUCUUAAAGAGCGGCAUCUACCAUGUCACCGUCAGCACCAUCAUGAAGAGCCAAGGAAGUGAAUGGAGGUAUAUUAUCCUGUCCACUGUGCGAUCCUGUCCAAAAUCCGAAAUUGACAGUAAACCAACUAAAUCCUGGCUAAUGAAAAAGCUUGGAUUUGUUAUGGAUCCCAAUCAGGUUAAUGUGGGAAUCACAAGGGCACAGGAAGGCCUUUGCAUAAUUGGAAACCAGACUCUUCUGCAGUGCAGCUGCCUCUGGAAGAGGCUACUGAAUCACUACCAAGAAAAGGGGUGUGUUGUCAAUCCUGCUCAAAGCAUCCGCGUGCAGAGGAAAAUAAAUUGAAACUAACAACAAGGUCUUCAAAACCAUUCUACUUAAAAAUGAUGCUCUCCCUGCAUCUGUAAACAAUGAAAGCACAUGGACCAUCUGAAUCAAAACCAAAUGAUUUGCUGAGUAUUAAGUAAUAAUUUAUAUGUAUUUUUUAUGUCUAAAUAAUAAUGUACAGAUUGUAAAGACUGAUGAAUUUUGAGAUAUUUUUUACAUUACAUGAUGUCGCUUAUUGUGUUUUAAAUAUUAGUAAAUUGAGUAUGUAAUAGAUUGUUUUGAAAGGUUAAUGUUGUCUUACUGUAUUCUUUAAGAAACAAAAUAUUUAGCAUUUUGUUUUAGCACUUUUGGAGGUCACUGUCUGGAGGCAACUUUGAGCAUUCCAGGGCAUUUUUUCAGAAUUGCGGGUGCAAAAAAAUGCAGUUUGCAAAUCUGUUAAUGAAUGUCCGUAACUUGCUUGUUUUAGAUGUAUUCCAGUUGUCAUUGACAAUGCACAUGGUUUGUUAUGACACCUGAAUGAAAAGCAUCUGUUUUUGCAGAUGAACUCUGCACCUUAAGUUUACUUGUUUCCAUAUACCCAUACUUCUGUAUUAUAUACUAUGAUUUAUGACAUGACAUCUAAGUAAAUAUUAACUUCUUUAA